AUGGUUGCAGGUGACAACCUUGGCCAUGACUGUUGUGCGCUCGCUCCCUCACUGCCUGAAGCAAGGUCUGGAACUAGGCCUGCAGCGAGACUCACAACAAAGCAGGCAGGCAAGCAGGCAGGCAAGCAGGCGGGCAAGCAGGCGGGCAAGCAGGCGGGCAAGCAGGCGGGCAAGCAGGCGGGCAAGCAGGCGGGCAAGCAGGCGGGCAAGCAGGCAGGCAAGCAGGCGGGCAAGCAGGCGGGCAAGCAGGCAGGCAAGCAGGCGGGCAAGCAGGCGGGCAAGCAGGCGGGCAAGCAGGCGGGCAAGCAGGCGGGCAAGCAGGCGGGCAAGCAGGCGGGCAAGCAGGCGGGCAAGCAGGCGGGCAAGCAGGCGGGCAAGCAGGCGGGCAAGCAGGCGGGCAAGCAGGCAGGCAAGCAGGCGGGCAAGCAGGCGGGCAAGCAGGCAGGCAAGCAGGCGGGCAAGCAGGCGGGCAAGCAGGCGGGCAAGCAGGCGGGCAAGCAGGCGGGCAAGCAGGCGGGCAAGCAGGCGGGCAAGCAGCUUACCACGAGGCCGCCGUGGUUGCAGACAUGA